AUGGCUACAGCGGGAGAAGCGCCAAAGGACACAAAAGAGCCAUGUCCUGUCAAGGAGGAGCUUCCAAAGCUCUCGGAUCAUGAGUUUAGGGUGUAUAACCGUCUGGCUGAUAAGAUGAACUGGUUUCACAACAACUUCCGCCAAUCCUGGAACGUCCUCUGGCAAGCCUGCACCACCGGCCGCCGCCCCCAAGGCAUGUCCCUCAAGCAGCUCUUCCAGAUCGGCACCGAGUUCGCCGAGCAUCUCACCGUGCACCACCGCAUCGAGGAGACGUACUUCUUCCCCAUGCUGGCCAAGCGGAUGCCCGAGUUUGACCCCAAGAACGGCGACCUGGUGAAGCAGCACGCGCAGAUCCACGAGGGGCUGGAGGGGUUUGAAGAGUACAUUGGCCAGUGCAAGCGCGGCGAAAGGGACUUUGAGCUGAGCGUGUUGAAGGACAAGAUGGAGAGCUGGGGAGGCGUGCUGUGGGCGCAUUUGGACGAUGAGGUGCGGUCGUUGGGGGCGGAGAAUAUGCGCAAGUUUUGGACGUUGCAGGAGAUUCAGCGGUUUAACAUGUAG